UCAAUUGUUAUUUUAAUUUUCCGUCAAACGUUCAAUCAAAAUCCCAAGUUUUUAUUAAAAUUUCACCAAAAUAGCAGCCAUUAUGACCACCAUGAGGGAGAUGCAGUUGGAGGAUCUCUUCAAGUUCAAUUCUCUCGUCCUCGACCCCCAGACGGAGGUUUACAGCUUGAAAUUCUUCUUGACACAUCUCCUGAAGUGGCCGGAGCUCUCACAAAUCGCUGUGGCACCUGGGCCUGAGGGUCGGCCAAUGGGGUACAUCUUUGGCAAAUAUUUCGAGAGUAAACUCAGCGAGUGGCACGGUCAUGUGUGCGCCUUGACCGUAUCCGAUGCCUAUCGCCGCAUAGGCGUGGCCACACUACUGAUGGCCCACAUCGCCAGGGCACUGGAUGCCAAGGGAGCCGUUUACGUGGAUCUCUUCCUGCGCUCCAGCAAUAGUGCUGCCCAUGCGCUGUACAGCUCCUUGGGUUAUGUCCUGCGAAGGACCGUACUGGACUACUAUCCGGACGUGCCGAUGCCGGAGAAUGCAUACGAUAUGAGGAUGCCGUUGGCACGUGAUGUGCUACGUAGGUCGGUGGCUGUCAUAUAUAAGGUGCCCCAGUGCCUAUCGGAGGAUGACGAGGAUGAUCAUUGAUCCAAACAUCCCCUGUACUACUCGGCAUACAUUCAAGAGCAUAUUUGUGUACAGCUAGCUAAUUAAAGAAACUCAAUUGCGGUGAAUGCUUGGCGGCAGACGAAUUUCCGCUGACGCACAAACGCAAACCUAAGAAGAUACAAACAUAAGUACGGAUACGGAUACGUAUACGAGCAGAUACUUUCGCCUGAACGCACUUCUUUCUCUUCCCUUCGAUGGCAAGCAAGAACCCAAUUGCAAAUUAUCAAAAAAUGUUUCAACGCAAACAAAUUAGAAUAGAAUUGUGUAUAGUGUAUUGCUUUUCCCUGAUGGCUGAAACACGCGCAAUGAUUUUCAAUUUUCGCUUUUCAUUUGGCCAGUUUGCGCAACUUGAAACGCAUAGAAUUUUAAAUGAAAAUUUGUUGUCAUAUAAACAAAUCUCGUCUCCAUAUGCCUU